CUACAAUUCUUGUGAAAUUUAAAACGCAACUUUCAACUGUAUACAAAUAAAAAGAGAAACUUCACUAUAAUUGCUGUAUUAUUCUACUUAAAAUUACAUUUUUCGUUCUUGAAAUCGGAGCAACAGCUGAGAAUCUUCUCUUAUUGUAUUUGAUGGUAUCAGUUACAGUUUACUAGCAGCAAUCAGCUUAACAAAAAGUGAAUUGCACCAGAGCAAGCCUCUUGCUUAUUUCAGUUUGUUCUUAUCAUAUAUUAACUCUACAAACCGCUGUGUUUAUGAUCAAUUAUAUGAUUAUUUUUCUGUUUUGUUUAUUUAAAGUAAUCUUUGUCAAAUAACAGCAUUUCUUAUUUAAAAACUUUUGAUACCAUUGUUUGAAAUACAAUGAUUUUACAUUAUAAUUUAACAGUCUGUAACCAUAGUGUGGGUUGUGCUGAAAUGAUCAGCAUUUGACAGUUCAUGGUUUAAUGUCUAUUACUAUUAUACAUCUUGUUAAUUUCUAUUUCUAAAUUUAUUGAUCAAUACUGAAAAUGUCUUGCAGUCACAGUCUUGUUAAUCUACCUGAUUUAGUAUUGCAUCACAUAUGCACUUUUUUAAGUUGCCCAUUUGAUUUGUUGCACUUUGGAAGCACAUGCUCUCGCAUACGUAAAAUUACUUUGUCAGAGAGUCUUUGGUGGCCUCUUGCAUUUCAGUGGUUUGAUGGUUUGUGGAUCAUGUUACAUAAAGCUUCUAGAAGAUACAAUUCUAGAGACUGGUUUUUAGAAACAAUUAAAUAUUAUUCAACUCGUUCUUCCAGAACUAAACAAGAAUGCUUAUUUUUAGAUGGAGAGAAAUGGGAAAGAGUUGAUACUAAAAAAGCACGUUUUCUUAUUAAUCUCCUCGAUUUAGUUUAUUCUCAAGAUUUCGAUAGUCCUUUUGUUCUUUAUGAAAGAUAUCUCUAUGAUAUUGGAAUGUAUACAAGAAUGAAUCCUUGCCUUAACUUUGCCGAUGAUAAUCUUGAAAUAUCGCGAAACACUAUCCUUGAACUAGCAGAUCUCAGUCAAGCUGCUGAUCGAGAUCUUCGUCGCCGAAAGCAACCAUUUAAAGACUAUAAAUAUUAUAUAAAGCGUUUUGGUACCUCAGCAAAUUGGAAAACAGAUCUUUUUCCUUCAAAUAUUAAUGGCUCAAUCUGCCCCUUACUAUUGUGUCCAUUAAGAUGCACUUCAAUUUCAGAUGCUUCUAAAGUUGAAGCAUUACGCUUAUGUCUUUCAAUUAUUUUGGGAAAACAUUUGAGAUCAUGUUAUACAGUUUCAAGUAUGCCUUUAAAAGAUCUGCCCGAUGCUUUUCAUUUAUUCACAUCGGUAUUUUUAUCACAUCUUCUCAGCUCUUCAGCACCUGUUGCACUAGAUAGCGAAGGGAAGGUGUGUUUGAAAAAAUGUUCUGCAUUGUUGUGUAAAGAUUUAGCUCGCUUUGAAGAAUUGCAAUAUAUGUUUCAUGCCUUUGGUUUUAAUAUUAGAUAUGAAAAUGUUUUGACUGAUAUUGGUGAUUUUUUCACCAGACUGGAGAGUCUAAAUCAUGCAGUCGAUCAAAUUCGUUUGAAAUUAAGAAAAGAAAUGAUGUUGGAAAUUGAAAAAGUGCUUUUUCCAAAUAAUGAAAGAAAUGAUGUAACUCGAGUCAACUUGACUGACAGUGAUUUCAUUGGUGGUGAUAACUGUCAGCAAGAAAUGUCAGCCGCUGCAUUUAUUUCAAACAAAGGGGCUUUUGUUACCUGGCAUUUGAUUGGAAGAAUGAGGUUUUAACUUUAUAACAUGUAUUUACAAGUCCUUAUAUUUUCAGUAAUUUUGCUAUCUAUUGAUAUAUUUAUUUUAAACAAAAGUUAGUUACUUAACAAAUAAUCAUAAAAGAAGAUAUAUUUAUUUAGAAGUAUGUAUUUUUUUGGUUCUUUACUUUACCCUUUUGUUGAAUGCUACUGAAAUCAAGGAAAUAUUUGAAUUAUUUUAUGUGUGGUCAUUUUUAGUUUCAUUACUUUUAUAAAUUCUUAAAAUUCAGAAACCUAAAUCAUAGUUAAAACUAUCAGCAAAAAUUAAUAUCACUUAUUUGCAUGUGCCAUUUAUUUCUUACUUUUUAUAAUCCAUAAUGGAACCAUAUUUUUACAAUCAGUAAUUUGUUACUGUGAUCUAAAUUGCAUUGCAUUUAUCCAAAAUGAUAUUAAAGCAAAUAAAUAAAUGUAAGUAAAACACAAAUGAAGUACAGAAAUGAACCUACUAGCGUUUCGAUUCUCUAAACAAGAUGAUGUCGACAAGUAAACUUACCCCAAAAGGUCUGUUUAUACCAGAAUAUCCUAGGGAAUCCUUUAUGUUACGAAGAUAUCUACAUAGUACAAAGGAUUCCCUAGUCUUCUUUUGCAUAUUCUAAUAAAAACGGCCUUUUUUGACACUGAGAAAGGUUCUUGUUUAGAAAACCAAAACUUUGUACUAUGUUCAUUUAUGCUUUAUGCAUGUUUUUUUGUUUUUAUCUACUUGACAUUUAAACAUAAUUAAAGAUAUAGAACAGCUAAUUAUCAAACCAAUGCAUACAAAAUUUGUUUAAAAAUUAUUAUAAUUGCACAUUUAUAGCUUAAAAUAAUAUUCUGUUUAUGCUUUGUUUUUAUUUUAUUUGAUGUGUUCCUCACUAUUAAUUAGAGGAUUUUAUUUAUAAGUGUAAUAACUUUUUUAAAAAUUUGAAUUAUUAUCUCUGAAUUAAAAGCUUACUGUUGACAUUCUGAGGACAAUUUUAAAAUUUGUAAUCUGCUCCAUAGAUUCAUAUUUCUCAUGUAGCUCCAGUAGGCUUAUGGCUCUUAAUAGGCUUAUCGUUCUUUUUGAUUUAAAGUAUUUCUUAAAAAAUUUUGCUUUUGCUAUCUGUGAGAAAAAUAAUAGAUGAACUUAUAUUAGGUUUUAAAUGUUUUUAUUGUUAUUUAUUUUGAUCGAACUAUUAUAAUGCAGGUGCUGUUUUGUGUUAUAUGUUAGAAAAAUCAUUGGUGUGUAUAAAAUUGUCUUAGGAAAUCUAUAUUAAAUGUAUUUAUCUUUUUAAAUCUUUAUAUCAUGUUGCGUUAUUUAAAUUUUUAAUAUAAAUGUUAUUUAUUAUUGUUAUGUUCAAUGCUUAUUUUUUUUCUCUCCAACAA